CCUUGCCAGAAUUAUGUCAGUAAAAUACGAAAUAAAAUCAUAGUCAGUAACACGGGUUAAAUUCCUAAAUUCAGUCACUUUUGCUAUCGAACUACAACAAUAAGAAAACGGCGUAAACUAUUAUCCAGUCAAGCUAUAUUAUAUUUUCAAAUCCGAAUAGUGCAAAAAUAGUGCAAAAAUGGCUGAGAGUAGGAGAACACAGGGACGGUACACUGAAGCAUCUUUGGAACAAACCAAAGCUGCUGCAAGUGUCGUUCAGAAAAUGUCCCAUGCUGUACGAGAUUCAUAUGUGCCCGAAGCGAAAAGCAGGUCAAAUACCAAGCUAGCUCGGUCGAAAAACCGCUGUCCACCAAAAAAGGGACACCACUUGUCGAAGCGGGAAAUUGAAAUAGCCAAGUUCAAGAAUAUUGACUUCUCCCACCGUGAUUCGGAUCGCCAGUUGACCGUUCAGACACUAGAGUUUCCGGAUGUGAAUAUCAAACGGACAGAAAUCGCAACGCGCGAUGUGUGUGGCAAGCGGGUGUUGACCAAGCGAACCGGGCAUGACUUUCUAAGCUCAAGCGUUUCAGGCUUUCGUGACGGAAUCUUCACAGUGAAUAUGAAAGCGAGAAGCUGUACGUCGUCCAGUCUACCACACAAGGCCCCUGAACCAUUAAAGAAAAAGCAGUCAAGCAGUAUGGGAUCAGUUAAUUCAGAGAAAAUGAUGGACUCUUCUCAUGUGCCAUCCGCUCGAGCCAAAAACUUUAAGGGCGACCAGUGGAAGAAGCCCUGCGAGGCUAGCUACGUGAUUGGGGCUCCACGACCGUAUAUAGGAAAUUGUCCGGAAAACUUUCAGCAAUUGUCCAAAUUGGCGCCGGUGCGCCAAAAGUUCUUCCUCACACAAGAUCCACGCAAGACUCACUGCUUGGCCAAUCCCAGUGCGCUACGACACAAGAAACUGACGGACGAUCAACAAUUCAAGCUAAUUAGCAAGAUGGUCAAGCAUGGGGACAACGUGUGCGCCAGCACAGGCUCUGAGUCCUCCGAUUCGCACAUAUGCGAGGUCAUUGAUUUGGAGAAUCCCGUCAAUUUGGACUUCCAGGGCAUGGACUAUAAGAAUACAUACGAGAAGGAUGAACAGGACCAACAAAACCAACAAACCUAUUGGCGAGUGGUGCGCUAUAUGACGCGGCGACGAACGAAGAAGCAAACUGCCAAUAAAGUUGAGGCCGAAUUGCAAGCUGAACGUCUAGCGAUACCUCCAGUGUUUGACACAAACAUCAAGGAUAAGCCCGUUGUAGACAAACCGCCACCAAAGGACUUUAAGCUCGCCGAGCUAUAUCGCUCUCCCGACAAGCCAGCCAACAAAGCGAAGAUCGCCGAGGAGCACAAGCGUCGGGAGGCCCGUUACAAAGACAUUUAUUUACGUAGCAAAGAACGUACAGCCCAGCGAGAGCUCGAGCGUAAGAGAGUGGAGGCAGCCGAACUGGAAAUUCAGGCACGCACAGUUGCCGAAAGGGAUUUGCAAGAGGAUGUGGCGAAAAUCGAUGAUGAUAUCGAGCGCAGUUUUCGAAAAUUCGAGUAUAUACCGCCAGUGAUACGAAAGCGCAAGUUCUUCCCCAAAACACUGACGGAAACCGAACGACUCAAGGCGAUCAUGCAUAAGGAGAAUUGCGUGCGACGUGACUUGGCACGCGUGACUCAAGAGUUCUUCCUGGAGCGCACUGGCAAGCUGAAGAAGUUUCCGGAGGCAACGCAUCAAUUGCGCUGCGAGGAUAGCAUUGACGGCAGUGUCGGCACCACGCCCAGCGAACAGAGCAGCGAUGAUGAAGACUAUCUGAAGGUGGGCAAAAUAGGCGAUAAAUUUCAGUUGCGCGGCUUUCACUUCAAGCACGGCGACGGCCUGCGCGGCAAGUUGCAUCGCUCUCAGAUCAUGGAAGGUCAGCGAACGGUUAAGGGUUGCCUAACGCGAGACGAGUGGCUCAAUCAAUUGGCGCCCCGCAAGGAGCCCAUCAAGCUGGACGUCGAGCGAGGCAUUAUAAAAGUUCUCGAUCCGGAUGAUCCUAAAUUGGAUCUAUUUCCGCCGCAGGGUAUGAGUCUGCACAAGCAUGAGAAGAAGAGCGCCAUCAAAGAGUUCAUCGAUAAGCCCCUCGGUCUACAUUAUCAUCGUGUGCUUCGGAAGAAUCUGAAGCUGGUCAAGCCCAAGCUGAAAUAUCACGUCAAGAAGUUCAAUCUCAUUCGCUAUGUGUUUCCGGAAAAGAUCAUAGUGCCGGAUGCACCAGAUCAAUUAGAUGCCGAUGUUGUGGACGCUUCCAAAGUUGAAACUACCUUGGAGUACUUAACGCUCAAGAACAAAGUGACCAAGGCGAAGCACCUCAAGGCAAAGCUCGCGCGAAUGAAUUUGCUGGGACUCACCUGCGUAGAGGCGAAACAAUUGCGCGAGCAAUCGCCUUGCGAUGUCAAGGAAGAGGAAGUCGAUCUGGACUGGGUGCCCCCUCAAGAGGUUCUUAAGCAAACGACUCCAUCCAGUGAGGAAGCAUAUAAUCCUGAAUAUCGCAUGAAGGCCGGGGGCGAAAAUGUGCCCAUUGAUCAGCGUGGCAACAUGCCAGCGCCUGAAUUCCGAGAGCAAACGCUUCACAUACAUCCGAGACGACGACGGAACUACGAGACCGAGCGUGUGCCAUCGGCUCAGUUUAAUGAUGCCAUCCAAAAUUCAGGUAUGCCACUGCUGGAAAAGGUAAUGCCCGAUCAUAUCAAAUAUGUCAAUGUACGUACCCCAAAGCGUCCGUUCACGACCAAAUUCGAGGCGCGUCAUCAUCACGAUCAUUGGGAUCCCACCCAGGCAAAGACCGUGCAUGUCCAUUAUCAGACCAAAACAGUCUACCCAAAGAUCACCGUACAAGUACAGCCGGAAAGAGUUCCGAUUGUAAAUUUUAUCAAGGCAAAUCCUCCUUGCAAGAAAUAUGUAGACACUGAUUUGACUUUGCCAAAAUAUGAUUUUGAAAAGAUGAUCGCUGAUCACUUGGCGGCUACUCGCGUUGAUACCAAGGAUGGAGCCAGAGAGGUAGUGCAGGAUCUGUGUCAGCCCUAUGACUUUGUAUUUCACUCACGUGAUCCUGAAGAGCUGGCGAACCUUGACUUUCCAGGACGUAAGCAGUAUCUGGACUUUUUGCGUGAGACACGCGAGGCUCUGUACGAGACCAAAGAAAUUGAUCCGGAGGAGGAGCGUUUGUUGGUUGACCGCAAGGCAGUUGAGGCUGAUCUCGAGGAGGAUCUUAAGAGCAUUGAGCAAUGCCUUAGCUCGCUUAGUAGCUCGGAGUGCACAAAUCUAUCCAAAGACAGCGGCAGCUUUUUAAUGUUAGAGGAUGAGACGAAGAUACCUUUGGACUAUAUACGGAAACCCCUCGUGCCCUUUGAGGAAAUGCGCCGUUCUCGCUUCCAAGCGGAAGUCAUUGACGUCGAUGCUGAAGAGGAGAACCCUUUCCGCAUGCUUCCUUUCUCCGGUCAACAUAAGGAGCAGGCAGCCAUGUUGGGUCCCAAGGAUUCAUUCUUUACGUUCAGCUCACGUCUUCGCAACGGCUUGCGUCUCAGACUGGAGGUCCCCGUGAGCCGUGCCAAUCAAAUGUUAAUUGGACCUAAAACAAAAAAGUUCUUUGGUUCCGUAAUCACCGACCUCGAUGAGAACUAUAUAGAUGAGUUGAAAAACCGUGCUACAGUCAAAACAUUUAACUUCAAGACAGGCGUCGAACUAUUAAAGGUCGCAAUGCGUCUCAAGUACGAGUCGCUUUUGAUCCAAGGCAAAAUGGUGCGCACCAAGAUCUACGACACGCUGAACGAGCGCCACUGGCAGGACAUGAAGAACACCAAGAUUUUGUAUGAGGGUCUCUUCGCCAAGUGGGAAAAAAAGGAGUACAAUGCAGCUAUGACGAUGGUCUAUCAGGUAAAGACCUACUACGAAAUAACCGACAAAAUGAAGCAGACAUACCGUGAGCUGGAGCGUGAGCUAACAAUGCUCAACAUGGACAUAGUAUUUAUUGAGGGGCACUGGAUUCGCUGUGUGAUGUUGCAGAACUUCCAUUAUCUACUGGGUGAGGAGGAAUGGCGUUCCGAGCAUGACUGGAUCCAUCUGGUGCCGGUGAAGAAACGCGUCAAGUUCGGUGGUGAUGCCGAUGAGCUCGAAGCGGUGGAUUCCAAGGCAGUUCAGGAGGAGGACGAGGAUGUUGAGUAUGAACUGGAACCCUAUGACCAGUCAAUUGCGAAGCGUGCCAUAGUCAACAUACGCGUGCGCGAUAAGGAUGAUGCCUGGGCCAUACGAGACUUUUACUAUAACGUCUACAUGCGCAAUCUGCAUCCAGUAUUGCAGGUAUUUCCCAGUGCUGACCACUUCCUGCAGGGCAUCGAAAAUUUGAAGAACAAAACUUUCAUGCUGCUGCUUGAAAUGCACUAUACCCUAUCCGUACACACCGAACUGCAGGGUAGACUGGAAACCUUCGUUGACUGGUGUAGCAAGGACUUGAAGGAGAAACAGGAGUAUGUGGCACGCAAGUCGGCCAAGAAAUUCUUCAUGGAGGAUCGUGCCAUUGAGAUGGAGGCGCGCGUCAGACAUUAUCUCGAUCAACCGAUUCAAGCCUCCUUUGCAGACGAGGAACAUACAAAGCAUCGCGCCAUUAUGGCCGAAGUCUAUCGUCGUGUGGUGCCCGCCACGGUGCGAGGCUCCAGCGACGUGAUACCCAGUGCCUCCGACAUGGUGGCGGCCAUCAGUACCGUUGUCCUGGAGAUACUAAGCAAGUUCGAGCACAUGGACAUCGAAAAAGUACGCGAAGUGGAAUUGACGCUACGCAAGCGGCGACGUUACCUGGAGAAGCUCUCUACGCAGGCCUAUCUGGUUGAGCGGCGCAUCGAUAUGGAAAUGAAGAAGGUGCGACGCAACCUCGAGCCGCCCUACAAGAAGCCCAAGCGUGUUGGACCACUGCAGCGUAUGUACUUGAGAAAGCGUGUCAAGAAAGUUAUACCACCGCCCGUGGUCAUCUCUGAAAAUACACGAAACUUUGUGCGCGCCUUUGCUGACGAUGGCGUCGUCAGCGACGGCUUUACCCAAGACUCUGUCAUGGUGCUAGACAACAUGCAGGAGCAGAUUGUGCCCUUCUAUUUCGACCAUUUCCUCAAGCUCAACGGCUACACGCCCAACUAUAAUUUCAAGACGAACAUUGAGAUGCGCGAUGGACCCGAGUUUGACCGCUUCCGCAUACGCGAAGUCUUACCCGAUGUUCUGCAAAAGGUUGAGAAUUGGGAGAUUAUGCACAAGAAAAUCAUGGAGGAAAAUAUUCAACGCAAUCCCAAGAUGUACGAGAAUGUUAGCUAAUUGGCUGAAUCAGAAGGAACUUUAAGCUGCUUGCAACAAAUUUAUAUAGUUAGAUUAGUUAAAAGGCAGGUACUGAUGACAAUCUGUUAUAUUAAAUGAGUGGGUAACAAAUUAUAUUUCUUUUCUUUUCCUAUACUCAUAGUUGUUAUUAGUAAAUCUUGAAUUUAUUCUAAUGGUAGCUCAAUUGUAUGCAAAAUCUAUAGUAUGAGUUUUAUUAGGAUGUCUGUUACUGGUAGAAGGCAGCAUGGUAGACCCCAGAGUUUUAAAUAAUGAUCAAAGCAGCCGAGCAUGGGCACUCUUAGUAUUUCA